AUGGGGUGGAACAGACCCCCUUCACAGUACUACGGCGAAUUUGAACCCUUCAAGUCUCCUCUUGGCAGCAGCUCAGAUUCUUCGCCGACUGUCCAUCUUAUGAAAGAAAGGCAGACUGAUCCUAUGGACAUGGAAGUCAACAUUGAGACGAUCCCUAGUCUCAUUUACAGCGCGAGGGCGCCAGUCUACAUCGGCACCCAUAGGCACCAGAUCUACAAUCAGCGGGAUGCCCCCGAAAGCAUGUAUCGCGUCGCUGACGUCUAUGCCCUUUCGCAUGAAUGGAUACUUCUUCAAAGCUUGCAGAACAUCACAGAUAUGCCUCAGACGUUCACACACACCCUGAGGACCGGUGUUGAUGUUAUCAAGGGGAAUAAAACUGUCGACUCGAUGAGUCUCGAGAAAAUCUUCUCAGAUCCAGGCAUCACUACGGGGCAUUCUACGAUCAACACCGCUCCAGAUAACGCAGCAUCAGAAGACAUCCCGGUUCAAAUCGGUGCAAAUACGUCCGCUUUCCUCUAUCGUAAGCGCAUUAAAUACCGAGUAGAUGUGCACUUCCAGCUCGAUGCCAAUGAUUGGCGCGAAUUCCGAACUGUAGGCGCUUGGCGCCAGGGUCCCACUCCGUUACUCGGCGUGUACGAGAUAUAUGUCAAUACUCGAGAUUGUGUUAUCGUUUCCAAGCCACUAAGUGGGGCAUCCUUCCUGGACGACCCUCGCGUCGGUGGCCCACCAGCCAGGCCUUCCGUUCAGCCAUGGGACCGAUGUACAGGCAAAUGUACAGGGUGGCUUCACUCCAAUAAUUUCUAA